GAAAAACCGUAUUUCACAGAGCACUUCCUGAAAGAGACAAAGCAGCAAUGACAGCCAAAUGAGUACCAAGUGUUACAGUUGAAACAACUUUUUAAAGCAACAAAAAGAAAUAUAGCAUUUCUUAAAUAUAUCAUUUCCAAAAAGAGCUAUUUUAACAGAAGCAACCCAAGGACAUCUCUUUUACAGAACUGGGUAUACUGAAAAAUGGUCAUCUCUAAUACAGCUUUUUUGAUGGACAGGAGUUUCUAAGUGUCAUGCCUCCCAACAAAAUAUAAGAUGACUACCCCUAGCAAUCAACAUCAACCAGUUCCUUCUGACAACUCACAUCCAGAGGAAUACAAAAUUGCUGCCCUUGUCUUCUACAGCUGUAUCUUCAUAAUUGGAGUGCUCGUUAACGUCACCGCAUUAUGGGUUUUCAGUUGUACCACCAAGAAGAGAACCACUGUAACUGUCUAUAUGAUGAAUGUGGCAUUAUUGGACUUAAUAUUUAUACUGAGCCUACCCUUUCGAAUGUUUUAUUAUGCAAAAGGUGAAUGGCCAUUUGGAGAGGUCUUCUGCCACAUUCUUGGGGCUCUCACAGUGUUUUAUCCAAGUAUUGCUCUAUGGCUUCUUGCUUUUAUUAGUGCUGACAGAUACAUGGCCAUUGUGCAGCCAAAAUAUGCCAAAGAACUUAAAAACACAUGCAAAGCCGUGCUAGCUUGUGUGGGAGUCUGGAUAAUGACUCUGACAAUGACGAUCCCACUACUAUUUUUAAAUGAAGACCAAGAUAAAGCUUCCAACCCUGCCACGUGCCUAAAGAUUUCUGACAUUAUCCACUUAAAAGCUAUGAAUGUGCUGAACUUCACUCGACUGGUAUUUUUUUUCCUGAUACCUCUGUUCAUCAUGAUUGGGUGCUACUUGGUCAUUAUUCAUAGUCUCCUUCAUGGAAGGACAUCUAAGCUGAAACCAAAAGUCAAGGAGAAGUCUAUAAGAAUCAUCGUCACUCUCGUGGUGCAAGUGCUCGUCUGCUUUACGCCUUUCCACAUCUGUUUUGCUUUCCUAAUGCUGGGAGGGAAAGCAAAUAGUUACAGUCCCUGGGGAGCCUUUACCACCUUUCUCAUGAACCUCAGCACAUGUCUGGAUGUUAUUCUCUACUACAUUGUUUCAAAACAAUUUCAAGCUCGAGUCAUUAGUGUCAUGCUAUACCGCAAUUAUCUUCGGAGUGUGCGCAGAAAAAGUUUCCGAUCAGCUAGUUUACGGUCACUAAGCAACAUAAACAGUGAAAUGUUAUGAAUGACAGAAAGAUACUCCCCACCUCACCCUCCCAAUAUCUUUAAAAUUCACUGUACAACUACACUAGGGUCAGGCUGAAGGGUAUUCUGCAUGAUAUUAUCAAGUUCCUUCUUGCCUGAAAAAAAAUUAAAAAAACUUUAAAAACU